AUGACCACCACCGCCACAUUACCGGCAGACCCCCCCGCCAUUCGGGGGAUGAUCAGGUCAGGCAGUUACGAUGGCGUAACUGCCGGUUUAGCCAACGGGUUCGUCCAGGCUAAUUUAGCCGUGUUACCGCGCGACCUGGCGUUCGAUUUCCUUCUCUUUUGCCAGCGCAACCCCAGGCCGUGCCCUUUGCUUGAAGUGAUUGACGCCGGUGAAGUAGAGCCAUCGUUUACCGCGCCCGGCGCCGAUAUUCGCACCGACGUUCCAUCCUACCGGGUGUAUGAGCACGGAGAGUUGGUUGCGGAGAUACCCUCCCUUGAGCAAAUCUGGCGUAACGACCUGGUGUCGUUCCUGAUGGGAUGCAGUUUUUCAUUUGAAGCCGCCAUGUCUGAUGCCGGGAUUCCAAUCAGGCAUCAGGAGGCCGGAUCGAACGUGCCGAUGUACAUCACCAACAUCGCAACGCAACCCGCCGGCGUGUUUUCCGGGCCAAUGGUUGUGAGUAUGCGUCCGGUGGCGCAGGAUAAGAUUGUGAGGGCGGUUCAGGUUACGUCCCGUUUCCCGGACACCCACGGCGCUCCGGUUCACAUCGGCGACCCGGGAGCCAUCGGUAUCCGGAACUUGGAAGCGCCCGAAUUUGGCGAUGCUGUUGAGAUUCGAGCCGGAGAAGUCCCGGUUUUUUGGGCCUGUGGAGUUACUCCGCAGGCGGUAGCCCUGAAUUGCAAGCCACCGCUGAUGAUUACCCAUUCCCCUGGCAAGAUGUUUAUCACCGAUCGUCGUGACGCAGAAUAUGCGGUCAUUUGA